UCACCCUUCAGCUGCGCCCAGCAAGUGCAAAACAUAGUUACUGAUGGAUGGCUAUUGGGCAGCAGAGCCUGUAUGCGGUGCGCAAUGUUUGUUUUUUCAACUCGCAUGCAGUAUGUUGUGAUAUGAUUGGAUUAUGCAACGAGUAUCGGAACAGACAACACAUCAUGAGGCUCAAUAGGGCGAUUGGGGCUGGAUGUCCAGAUACCAGCCUCAUUCCUAUUGAUAUACAAUAGAUCUACCCGGGUCAUUUUUGUCAGCCGAGAUUUCCCCACUUGACUGACAGAUUCGUACCAGCUAGUGAAGACAUGUCUGAAGGCGAGAGCAACCACAUUGAUCUAUUCUCCUGCCGAGAGCUCCAUUCUGCAUGCGAUCACGACGAGUGCCCACAACAAAAUCACAGCAGAGAUGCUGGUGAUACUGUAAAUAUGGCGAAGGACCUGCAAAUAGAAGGAACUAUUGCCGGGCUGGAGAAAAGCGCAGAAGCUGGGUGCAAGACAUGUACCAUAUUGUUCAGCGGACUGAAUCUGCCAGAAAUUCGACACAUCCGGAAUAAUGGCAUUCGUCAGGCUAUGGAAUGCGGAAAGACUCAGCCGGGAGACUUUGAAGAAGGAAGAACGAGGAUAGAAGUGAUGUGGGGUGUUGGAACUGAGGUUGAGCGAGUUGUGGUUCGAACUGGGCUGCCUGAAAAGAGCACCUAUGUCGACCGAAGGUAUUUCAACUUUGGCUAUCAACCUUCUGCGCAGCCAGCCGGCUGUAGGGUGUUUCCUAUCUUGGAGAGCUUCCCAGUCAGUGAUACGAGGUCGAAGGAGAGCUAUGCGCAUUUGAAGCGGUGGAUUGAUCUUUGUGAUGGAACGCAUAAAUGUACGCCAAAGACACUACCUCUCCUGCCAAAGCGAGUUUUGAAAAUAUCCGGAGACAGUGUUAGGUUGUACCUAAGACCACAUGAAGGAAAAGCUCGUUAUACUACCUUGAGUCAUACCUGGGGUUCAAACACGAACUUUACCUUGACAAUUGAUAAAGAGGGGAGGGAAGGUACUCUCAAUUCCUUUCUCAAGGAUAUACCAUGGAUGACUAUCCCCAAAACGUUCCAAGACGCUAUCAUCAUCAGUCGUGAGCUUGAUAUCGAAUACCUUUGGAUCGAUAGUUUGUGCAUCAUUCAGAACGACAAGCAGGACUGGGAGGAGCAAUCGCGCGAGAUGAGACCCAUCUAUGGCAAUUCAUGGCUGAACAUCGCCGCAACUGACUCAAAGGACUCUCGUGGAGGAUGCUUUAGGAUCUGCAACGCAGAUCAGACGCAUCCAUUACAGCGCGUGCCAGAAGAUCUCAACAUUGUGAUCAUGGAUCAACCAGUCAACACGCACAAGGAUUUUGGAACAAAUUACCGCACCGAUUCAUCUUCGCCGCCUCUGCUCCAGCGUGGCUGGGUGUUUCAGGAGCGUGUGCUUCCUUCGCGUAUGAUCUAUUACACCAAGGACGAGCUGCGUUGGGAAUGCAAUGAGAUGGCCGAUUGCCAAUGUGGCGGCAUGGUCGUUCUCGCGCGGUUCAAGCCUUACUACUACCAGUCACUGGCGGGCCUACAGGACCCCCUGCCUUUCGUGUGGAUGAAAAUGAUAGAGAGAUAUUCCUGGCUGAGGCUUACUUACCCAGAGAAAGAUCGAAUGAUAGCUCUCGCUGGCGUCGCCAAGGAAGUGCUCGAUCACGGUGGAGCUGGGGACUAUCUGGCUGGGCACUGGAGACAGGAUCUAUCUUUGCAACUAUGCUGGACUGUGAUUGACAAUCGUCGACGUCCCACGCAAUAUUUUGCCCCUUCUUGGUCAUGGCUCUCUGUUCUAGGGUCCAUUGAGCACUCGAAAAUCGAGUUCAGACGGCAGAAACGCCCUCAGAUAGAUGUCCAGAUUACCGAUGCAAGCUGCCAGCCAUCUGGUGGCGAGGGGCUUGAGAGAGUCACAUCGGGGAUGAUCAUAGUCACCGGUAAGAUCCUGCAUCUGAAUGCGGAAGCCAUACAUACAUCACAAGAUGAUCGUCCUCGAUAUAGACUAUGGCACCAAAACAGCAGCUUCGAGUAUUCCGACUUCAGGCCCGACUCCAUCUUAGACUCGAGUGAGGCAAUUCAAAUCACAAGUCUCUCAGUACUGUUCUGGGGAAAAAUCUGGGUCGGAACAGGCGGUGUCGGUUACCAAAAUACAUUCAUGGUGUUGCGUGCAGCAGGAGAUGAUGGAUCAGGCUCAUUCCAGAGACUAGGGAUAUUCUCGCUACCGGACAGACAAGAGGGCCCAGGGGCAACCCUGGCAGAGGAAUUUGUAAGCCUGUGCGUGCUCAUGGCUGAUAUACGCAUCAUAUGAUGCUCGUACAUUACAUUGGUUGGACUUUAUUCAUUUCGUUUGUCAAGAGCACAAUACAAAGCUUACGCGAUGGACUUUCUUAUCGUUCGAUACUCUCAUUAUGAUGCCCGUAUUUUCUUCACUUCCACCAAGCGAAGCGAUGCUCGCUGCUCUCACAUCGUGGCAGGUUCUAUUAUCAUCCCAUGCCAUCAUUCAGAUGCAAAACCUAUGCCAACGAUUCCUACCUAUUCUCACUACGUAACCACAUAAAUACACGAUUCAAAAACGAAAAAGAAUCACU